UAACUAACAAACAUCCAAUUUUGCAAGUUAAGCGAAUUUCUUGAAAGAAAAAGUACACAAAAAUCUUGUUGUUUUUUUUCUCUUGGAUCUGAAAAAAAUAAACUAUGUCCUACGUUGUUAGGCUUCUGCUUGUGGUUUGCAUGGCGAGCGUCGCUAGCGCCGCCUAUGUCAACGACUGGGACCAGCCCUUCAACUUCAGAUGUCCGGACGGUCAAGUGGUCAGCUACGUGUCCAGUAUCCAUAACAACAGAAGGGAGGACAGGCGGUGGGAGUUUCUGUGUCGUUCGACCAGACAGACACAUUCAUGCACAGACAGUGGUUAUGUUAACGAUUUUGAUGGCCCUCUGGUCUACACAUGCCCCGGAAACAAAGUCAUGGUUGGCGUCCAUAGUUACCAUAACAACCGUCGAGAGGAUCGCAGGUUCGGCUUCUACUGCUGUGACGUCCAGGGCAGCACACCACGUGACUGUUACACCACCAACUACGUCAACGACUGGGACGAGAAGCUGACCUUGGUUGUACCGGAAGGAACAGCCGUCAAGGCUGCGUACAGUCACCAUGACAACCGACGCGAAGAUCGAAGAUGGCAGUUUCAGAUUUGCACUCUGUAAACAUUUAUAGACUAAAAGCCGAUUGCAUUGAGUGUUUGAAAUUGUAUAAAUGUCCUCACAUUUUCAAUAAUUUGGAAGCAUUUAUAGAACUUUUAUAGCUAAAGGUGGCUAUGUUUUUAAAUACUCUUUUUGUAAACAUUUUAUGUCAUACUUCAUUGACGUACUAUUGUACCUAUGUAAUGUGUUGUUUAUUUUGAUAUAUAUAUAGAUACAUUUAUGUUUUUUUUUCGUUGCGUUCUGAUUUAAAUAAAAAAAAAAAUAAACUUUUUUGUUUAAAUAUUGAUGACACUGAAAUAAAUAGUAUUGAUUUAAAA